GGCGGUGAGAGGGCCGCGGGGUCAGGGGUCGGAGGUCAGGGGUCACGCGGAUUGGGCGGGAGAUUCAGGCGGCGGCUUCGGGAUCGGGGCUGAGGGGUGCUGGAGGGAUCCGAAAGGAAGCUCAGUCCGUGCAGAGGGUUGUCUGCGGGGGAUCCCGGAUGGCUCCGGUUAAAAUCAGCUACAUCGUGUCCUUCUCCUCGCAGGAUCCCAAGUAUCCGGUGGAGAACUUGCUGCGUGAGGACGGCCUUCGUCCCUGGCUCGGCUGCCCCCAGGACCGCAGCAGGCAGCUGAGAGUGGAGCUGCAGCUGGAGAGAGCCAGUCCCAUUGGCUACGUGGACGUCGGCAACUGCGGCUGCGCCUUUCUCCAGAUCGAGGUGGGACGUUCCUCGUGGCCGCUCGACCAGCCCUACCUCACCUUGGUGCCCAGCGUCGCGCUGAUGACGCCAGCUGACUCGAAGCUGGAUCAGAACCGCUGCGGGGUCCGGAUGUUUAAAGAAGCAGACUUCCUGGCACUGGCGGUGGGGCAGAAGUGGGACCGCCUGCGGCUCACCUGCAGCCAGCCCUUCAGCAAGCACAGUCAGUUCGGGCUGUCCUUCAUCCGCGUGCGCACGCCGCUGGACCCCGAGCACCCCCAGCCGCCCCCACCCUCGCAGCAAGGCCUGGAGGAUGCCGAGCCUGCGGACAGCCCCUGGCACUCGAGCCCUGCCUUUUGCCGGACUUUCUUUCCAGAACCGCGCUCGAGCUCGAGGGAGGAGGAGCAGCUGAAGAGCCGCCUGCAGCAGCUGGAACCAACCGCCUGGAGCCCAGCCCGCCUCAGCCGCCCGGCCCAGAUGGUGCUGUCGGCAGUGCGGAGCCGGGCAUUGAGGCCCAGAGCCAGCACGGGCGUCCCGGGGGGUGACCCAGAGCUGCCGACUGAGGACCCGGGAGGCCCUGUGGUGCCAGGGUCUGCGCAGGAUGUCCCCGCAGCCCCCACAAGAGCUCGCAGGCAGCCGGAGAGCAGGCAAAGAGCUCCCAGCCCUGUGGGCAGGUCUCUGCCAGCCGCCUUGAGGCAGUCCAGGUCAGGAGGAAGAGCCAGAGCCCGCAGCCACCGAGACAGACGGGCCAGGAGGGGUGACAGUGGAGGGGACAGCAAUCACGGGGAGAGGGGCGUCUGCCCCAUUUGCUCAGGCCGCUUCAGCCUGGAUCUACUCCCCCUACACGCCUCCCGCUGCGGGGAGGAAGACCCCGACACAGCCUGGCCUUCCUCCCCGCUGGCAGAGACGUCCCCCGAUGCCUGGGUGUCCUGCCCCAUCUGCGAGCUGCCCUUCAGCGUGGCGGAGGUGGAGUGGCACGCCAGCACUUGCGGGGAGCAGGCAGGGACGCCGGGGACCCCGUCCUCGUCCUACCGCGUGAGGUAGGGCUGCGAGGACAGCGGAGGGCGGGGGAAGGACAAACCCCCCGUCGCAGCACUCGGACUGAAGCCGCUUUGCUGCGGCUGUUGGAGACGCCAGACCAGAGCCCUCCCUGCCCCGUCGAGCGAGCUGCUGGACCUGGUUGUACCACAGCAAGGCGCAUGGGCAGGAUUUGGGCAGGGAAUGAGCCUGCGCAGGAGUGCUGGCCAUGCUGUGGUAGAGGCGUAGCGGCACUGGUAAAUUUGUGGCAAGGCUGGUGUGGGGAUGGAGAGGCCACUUCUAUCCCCACAGCCAGGCCUGGGGGAGCGUGGGGAUGGUGCCGGGGCUUGGGGUGGGGGGCAUGGGU